GGGUUUUGCGGGGCGGAGUGGUCCCCACCCCGUCGCCACGGUCCCCCAGAAGGCCACUGAACCAGGCGGGGCGGGCUAGAGUGCGGGGUGAUCCCGGGCUGCGCGGGAGGGAUCCCGGAGGCAAACCCCGCCCUGUCUUCCUGCACCUGCCCUGGUGGCUGUUUCGCGCUCCCGAAAUGCCCUCUGCGAGAGAAAUGCCCAAGGCAUGGGUCACUGCGGCCACCUCCCGCAUCCAGGGACAUAGCCGUUUCAUCCAGGGACAUAGCUGUUUCAUCCAGGAGUGGCCUCGCCGCCAGUGUUACAGCUUAACUGUUGUCCUCCCAUGCUGUGGGGGACUGGAGCGUAAUUGCCCAGAAAUGAAGGCCAGUUUCCUUUUGAAAAGGGCCAGCAGGAAGGAUUCGAGCCAAGGACACAGUUAGGAAAGCAACCUGAUGUCUACAUUAGCGGGAAUUCUUCUCUCUUGUGGCCUUAGUUCUUUCUCUAGACACAAAGGGCUCUGUGUUGUCACCAUCUGUGCUGCCUAGCAAGAACAGUUAGCAAACUUAAGGUUUAGCCUGCCAGGUUUUUUCCAUCAGACGCCUGAAAGCAGUGGCCCGAGCCUUCAAUUCCUGGUCAGAAAUACUAGGGUUCCGGAAAUGCCAAAGCAGUGGUGAGAUUCGAGUGCGAUUUUGUUUACUGGUGGCAGUAAAGGCAACUUGAAUGAAAAUAAACAACUGAUUUGGAGAAAAGAAAUGCCCAUCCAGGUUCCCGACAGAUAAUAAAUGCUCAGUAAAUCUUCAUGGUGGAACUGAAUUUCAGGGCAAAGGAUGCGUUUUAUAUCUUUGUAUGUGUCAUCUUGGGUACCCAGCAUAUUGCCAGGCAUCAGUUUUGAAGGUUAGGGAAUCCAAAGCUUCUGAAAGAACAAUUGUAGUUGCUGGUCUUCCAGUUGGUUUUGUUAAUGAUCAGUUACUGACCACAUUACUGAAGAUUCACUUCCAAGAUACUGAGAAUAAGGGUGGAGUUGUUGAAGAUGUGAUGUAUCCAACAAGAACCAAGGGUGUUGCAUAUGUAACAUUCAAAGAAAAAGAAGUUGCAGAGAACGUGGUCAGAAAAAAACACUGUCUAGCAGAGAAGGUUGGACCUGCUCAACUCACAGUCUCUCAUUUUGGUGAAAAGGUCUUCAGCUCUGUACAUGCUGUCCUUGAUCUUUCUGUUUUUCGGAGUCAAGUCCGUCUAGAAAACGUGGUAAUGGACCUUAAAAGGGAAAUCUCAACCUUAGGCUUCAGUCCUUUGGGAGCCAAUGGAAGAAUCUCUGUUCAAGGAUCAUUUCUGGCUAUCAAGAAGCUCAAAGAACUUUUGCUAUUAAAAGUAAGUUCUCUUUUAGAAAAAAACAGGAGUGGACAGAGCCCAAGAGGGAGUAUGCAGAGAAGCAGUCACUCUUUAAAGUCACUCAGGUCCUCAAUACCUGAGACUCUGAGGAGUGGAGAAAGUCUUGUUCUCGACACAGAUGUUUUCCUUUACCUGAAAAACAAGAGUGGAUUUUAUGAAAGCACAUUGAAAAAAUUUCAUGUUCAAUGUCAAGAGAGAGUGGAUGGUGACAUUACCACAGUUUGUAUAAAGAAUGUUCAAGAUAGGUCUCAGCCAAACAAGGCAAAACAGGUAAAAGAACUCAUUGAGAAGUAUUCACAUGCUCUUUCCUUUGAGCUUAGAAAGGAGACAUUUAUUUUGGAAGGAAAGGAACAUAGAGAGAAAAGAAAUAUUAAGUUGGCAUGUGAACAAGUAAGUUCGAGGUGCCUUCAGGUUCUGGUUAAUUUUUAUGAGACACACAUUGAUGUUAUAGGAUCUUCUUCUGACAUAUACUUGUUUAAAAAAGAGGUCAUGAAGUUAACAAGGCAAAAAGUUAGGUAAUAAAAUGUCAACAAUGGUAACAAUAAUGGCUACUGCUUUCCCUCACAUGGUGAUGCCAUGUGUGAUGCUGGCUUUACCUACAUUUUCUUAUUUAAUUCUUUCAUCGUAGGCAUUGCUAUCCUCAUGUUAUAGGAUUUAAGGAGGUUAAAACACUUGUUUGAAGUUAUUCAGCUGGCAAAAAGUGGGGCUAGAGAAAAACCCAGUCUAUCUGACUACAAAGAUAAUAUCUAAGGCAUAAAACUUCGAAAAAAAGAAACUCACUAAAUUUUGGGGAAACCUCACUUUUUCUGCAACCCCAAAAGUCUUAGAAAAAGGGGUAGCCUUAAUUCCAACAUGUGAGAAGGCAGAUGAUUAUUAUAAUGCAAUUUCCAAUUUCUUAACAUUUACAAAGUCCAUUUACUCCAAAUAAUUAGGAUGCUGGCAAAACUCACUUGAGAAGCUACUUGGAUGGUAAAUGUUUCUGAUGCAGGUAGUCCUUACUUGACUAAAUCUCAUUAUACUGGGCGUAUGGGACAUUUUUACUGCUGCUUACUUAGCCUAAGUGCUUACAUAAAAUGUUGGUUCUUCUGUUAGAGUUAUGAAGGAAGUAUGGUGUCUUUAUAAUUGUAUUGUUCAAGUAAUAUCAUUUCAAGAAUAAGAUCACAGACCAUAAGAAUAACAGCAAACACUUAGUUGCCAGGCAUAAUUUUAAGUGCGUUGCAUGUCUUUACUCAGUCCUGACAGCAGCCCUGUGAGGUCGGUGCUGUCUUUGUCCCCUUCCACAGGUGAGGAAACUGAAGCCUAGUGACGUAGUGCACCUUGCCUGUGCUCUUAGUUACGGAACUGUGCUUCUCCCAUUCAUAGUCUCCCACGGUUCUACUUAAACACUUGAGAAGUGUUUGCUUAAAGAUGACAGAAGGAUUUGAAAAUGCCUUCCUGAAGAAGGGGAGCCAGAUUUUGUCAUUUGAUUAUCUCUCACAGCCCUGCAUUUGACUCUGGAUUAAGCCAGUGUUAAGUAACCGGGGCAUUGCAGAGAACCUCCCAGGAUAAUAAAAUGUAUAUCUCUUGCUCUUGUCAGAGUAAGCAAACAUGGUUAUGAUGAUUUGAACUAUUUUUAUCAGUAGAAAAGGAUAAGAAAAGUCUCUCUCUCUGUGUGUUCAUCUUUCUUAGGCAUCUAAAUCCCAGAUAUGUAAAUGAUUUCCAUUUCUUUAAAUAUGUUAUUUCAUUUCUGUAUGAGUAAACAUUCUGUCAUGCGAAACUUCUGUUUAUAUCAAGUGCCCAAUAACGUAUCUUUAAAAUCUUUGAUUUUCAUUUUGCUUCUAAUGGUUUGUCUCAGUCUGUGUCCAAUCAGGAGAGAGAAGGCACACAGUCAUUUGAACAGGGAAAGUUUAAUAUAAAGAAUUGUUAACCAUGACAGGAGAUUGGAAUAAUGAGGGAUUGGCUAGUAAGAAAUAGAAAGAACUCUGCCACAUACAGGAAUAACAGAUAUAAGGAGUAGUUAGAUAGAGCACCCUGCACCCCAGGACUGCAAUCCAGACUUUGCUGGAAGAUUUGUGCCAGGGGAUCCUGCUGGAAGUCCAUCCUCUAGGGUGCUGGAGGAAUCCGUUCACGGGUGUCUCACCAGGGGCCUCCAUUACAACCUGCCCAGGGGGGUUGCUGCGGGGAACUGCUGGUGGCUGGGAGCUGCUGGCCAGUGUGUACCACAGGCACUGAAUGCUGGGGGGGUCUCGUGUGUGGGGGCUGGACACUGGAGCAGCUGACCACGCUGCACCAGCCUGACACGCUGAGGAAGUGGGUAUUCCGCCUCGGAGCUGGAUUCCAAGGAGCCUCCCGGUUGAACACACGGAAGUAGGAACAAGGCUCUUUCCUCCAGCAGUGCCUCUCCAGCGCCCUCUACUGAGAAAGCUUAACAUUCCUGUCAGCUACAAAGGAAAAAUGUGUUGAAGGACCCAGAUUUGUUUUUAAUGAGUAGGCAAAUAGGAUGAAUUUAAAGCUGAGUCAAUAAAAUGGCAACUGGCGGAGUUCUAUUUGAUACCUGCCGAGGCUUUUCAUUAUUACCACAAAUUUAAUACCAAUAAAAUAAUCUUUCAACAAAGAGCUGGAUCCGAAUAGUGGGGCUCAUUCCUUGACUGGAUAGACACUAAAUGCUAAUUGAUUUACAGGUAUGAAUAUAACAUCUUCUGCUCGAGAAGACUGUGUAUUUCAGGUGUUUUACAUACUGCUGUCUCUCUUUAUAAUAUGCAAGUUGUGUAGCCAGUUUCUAUCCUUAAUAAAAACUGACAUUUUUAAAUUUUCAAA